CAAGUGCACUUCGGACGCACUGCAAAGCGAUGACUGUCUCUAUGUUCACCAAAACAGUCCGGUUGGAGCAGGCGGUGAAGCUUAUAAACCAGCUGGAUGAUACUAAGUUCAGUGCACUGCUUGCAAGAAUUUUACAGAAGCUGCCCUGCAAGGAUGAACGCAGCUUCACUGAGGAGGAAGAACAGAAACUGCAACGGGCUUUUAACUGCAAUGCACAGGAGGUUACCCUUCUGCUGGAGUCCCUUUCCUUCAUCUUGGAACAGGCUGCAUUCCACUUGGCCAAGCCACAGGUACUGCGAACCCAGCUAAUUGACCUGGGCAUGGAAGAAAACAAGGUUCAGUGCAUGGUGCAGUCAUGGACAAGCCAUGCCAAGCAGCUUGUUGAGCAGUUGAAGCUGCGCUCCCUCGCUCCCAGACAGCUUCGAAAUGUGGACUGGGAGGUGCAAGUGCGGACAGCUCAGCAGUCUGCAGUACGGUACAAGAGGCUUCAGGCCCUGGUGGACCUUGUCGUCUCCACGGGAGCUGCACAUGACCACUUGCUGCUGCAGUUUUCACAUGGACAGCUCUUCAACCUUUACACACAGUUGGAGCAGAUUCAGGUACAGCUCGACAGCCUCAUCUGAGCUGGUUCUGCAAACUUGUGACUCCUCCCGUCGUCACUACCCUUCUGUCCCCAUGACCCGGUCAUGCAUUGGGGAACCCACUGACCACUGGCUGGACCACAGUCGACAGUGAGCUCGUCCCUCCGACUGAGGAUGUUUUUGGCAUUAUCUUGGCCAUUGUGCGAUUGCUGGCAAAUACUUUUGCUUUGUUUCAGAACUCGCUACUUGUACACUUUUUUUUUUCCUGUAAUGAAAGUGAUACUGUCUUGUCAGUAAACAAUAAGUGACCAUUGACACCCAUCUCAGGAUUUGUUCCGCUCAGGGUUCACUCAUUCAUCCCAGUCUAUUUACACUCCAACAUUGGCAUGGCUGUAUUGUAUAAGUUUGGCCCUGUGCUUGAGUUAGUCCUUGUCGGUGCUUGAGAAGGUGCAUGCUGUCAGCUGUUAUAGUUGUGCUGGGCCUCGAAAGUUGAUGGACCAGUUGAGCUGCAUCAUUAAAUGGAGCAUUGUCUGCAUUUGUGGACGUGAAACUAGUGGGACACACAUCUCACUUUUAAACUGCAUGAUCAGACCCCAGUGACACAAUUUGGAGUGGGAGAGUAUGGGCUGCUUUCACGAUUUGUAAAGAGUGUAUGCUCGUUCAUCUGAAUCGGGCAUACAGUUUCUUGUGAAGAAAUAAGUGUCUUGUGAAGUAAGCAGGGAUUACUGCAGGCAUCAAAAUUAUGGUUUUAUGAAUCUCACUGGCCCAUGCAGUCUAGGUGUAGAAUAGCUUAAACAAUGGACUUUCUCAUUCUAAUUGAACUUGAGUGCUUCAUUUAUGAAACAUGGUUAUGGACCAUUCAUUUAUUUGUAUAGCCACUGCCUUGUUUCAUACGAUAGAAGGACUGUGGAAUGUUUUCUUUUUCUUUUCUUACAAUGUUAGUACCUCAGGCAUAGCGCAACUGUUUUAGAAAAGGAACACAGCUGCUGUGACUUUAUUAUUAAACCAGUUAGUGGCUAUUUUAUCAGCACGGAAAUGUAUUCCUACUGAUUAUUACUUAUAACCUGACUGUAUUAACACCUAGGAAUCUUGUAACAGUCGUUUUGUAUGAUUAGCAAAUGUUUUAAGGAAUGAUACGCACAUGCUGUUUGUAAAUUGUAUAUGGAGGCUGGUACUUUACCAACGCUGUCAUGGACCACUACAAAUACCACUGUUAUAUCUUGUGGCGAUGCUGUUUUCUUACGAGAACAGCACACCUAUUGAAAGGGUGAAAUCAAUAUUCACAUUUUCUUAGACAUCACACAACUAACUUAA